CAUCUUCCUUUUCCAAGCAGCAGACUCCAACUUCCACACUAUUAUGUGCAAUUAAAGACAAAGCUCAAUCGGAAAUAUAAUUUGUUCAAGCUUGUUAUUCAAAAGCACAGUGCAAACUUCAUCCUUCUACCUUGUGGUGCAUUCUUGGUAUGAGAACAGGCACGUGUUCUUGUGAGUUUGCAGAUACGAUCAACGAUAUCUAGGAUUCCUAGGAUCGAGGGACAACCCGUAAAUCCGCACAAGGGACUUAAAAUUAGCAGUUUCAUUGUUGAUGGUACCAUGGAACAGAAUUUUGACAAGCAUAAAGUGGAAGGACAAAACUCUGCACCUAGCUACCAACAAUGAGAUACAUAAGAUCAUGAUUAAGAGCCCAAAAGAAGUGGAUUUUGCUUUAAAACAGGAGGGUGGUCAUUCUCAAUCAAUUAGUGAUCCUGAAAAGGCAAAGGCUCCAUCUAGCUCAGCAGCACAAUGGCCAAGAUUGAAGGAUCCAAGGAUUGUUCGAGUAUCUAGAGCCUUUGGAGGGAAAGACAGGCACAGCAAGGUUUGCACAAUAAGAGGGUUAAGAGACAGACGGGUACGAUUAUCAGUACCAACUGCUAUCCAACUCUAUGAUCUUCAAGAUAGGCUAGGGCUCAGUCAACCAAGCAAGGUUGUUGAUUGGUUGCUGAAUGCUGCUAAGCAUGAAAUUGAUGAACUUCCACCACUGCCAAUUAUUCCUUCAGUGAAUAACUUCACCCUUGGUUAUCCAUCUGCUGUUACUUCUAAUGAAGCUACAAACUCUCACUCUCACUCUCAGCCUAAUGAACAACUUAAUAUAAACAACAGCAUUCACUGGCAAGGUUCAGACCAAAAUUCUUCAUGGAAAUUAAAGCGUAAAGAAGUUUCAGGAGAAAUGAUCAGCACUGACAAGGCAAGUUGGAUAAAUAGAAGUGAAGAGGAUAAGCAAGGAAGCAAUAAUGAAGUGCCCAGCACACACGUUAUGCCAAAUAAUCUCUUACCAAGGGUAAACCAUCCUUCAUUCCUGGGCCUGCUAAAUACUAUGCCACAAGGUUAUCAGUGGGAAGCUUCCGCUAGUGAUGUUUCUCAUCCUCAGUUGGAAAACAAUGGAUUUUCAAACCAAACAGACAUACACAACAUUAACGUUGUACCUUUCCCAACAUCAACAUUGUCUUUAUCAAGAGGGAAUUCUCAAAUUCUGCUAUGUCCUCCAGGAGCGGCACAGUCAUAUUUCCCUUCACAUUUUACAGCAAUGGACAUGGAUCAGAGGCAAAUCAACCACUAUCAGAUGUUGAGUUCAGGUUCUCAAAACCCAUUGGCGAAUUCUCUCAAUCAUUCUUUUAGCUUGGCUAUGAUGUCUCAUAAACCCCUCCAUUCACCCAACAGCAGCAAAAGCCCAUCCCACAAAGACCAAGAUUUCCCUUCCAAGUGAUACACAAAAAUACAAAGUUUAUCUGCUCCUUCUCUCACAAUAUGCAUGGAUCAUGAAGACUGUGAGAAAGCUUCUUCAAUUACAACAUAGACCACGUUACGGCGGGUUUGAAUAAUCGUUUUGUUCUUGAAUGCGUGUUUGGAUUUCCUUCUAUUUCUUUCAGUUAUAGGUAACCCUUAAAUUUUCCCUUUUGUUUUUUGAGCUUAUAUAUUGCAUGAAAUGGUCUUACAUAUGAA